AUGUCAUUGGAAAACGCCCCGGCCGAAACCAAAGACGCCGUCGCCUCGGUCAUGCCGUUGGAGGUUCUAGACCGGUCCAUCGGCACGCAAGUCCGCAUCCUCCUCACAAACAACAAGGAGUUUGUGGGAAAGCUAGUGGGCUUCGAUGAUUUCGUCAACAUGGUGUUGGAGAGCGUUGUGGAGGUUAGUAGCGAUGGGUCUGAGUCUGCUCCGAUCAAGAAGAUGUUGUUGAACGGCACCUUGAUCGCCAUGAUCAGUCCUUUUAUGUAA